AUGAGGCUGCAGCAUGCCCUCCUUCUGGCAGCAAGCCACCUCUUCCUCCUCAACUGCCCAGUCCUCGCAGCUUUCGACCAAAACCGCGCUGGCGCCGUUCUUGAAGCCCCCGCCGGUGACUCGUUCACUUCGGUCACAGGGACUUUCACAGUCCCCUCCCUGACCGGCACCAGCAAACUCUCCAUCUGGGUCGCCAUAGGCGACACAACGCAGCAGGACAUCGUGCUGAAAGGCGGCAUCACUUACGCCAACGGGCUGACUUCCUUCGCAGCCUGGUACCCAGCCGCCAACAUCGAUACUACUAGCGCCGUACCCGUCCGCAAUGGCGACUCUAUCCGCAUCACCACAUCAUUCGCCAACGCCACCAGCACAGGAACCGUCCUCGUCGAGAAUGUCACCCAGAAUAAGCAGUCUACACAGACCAUCGCGUCGCCUGUGGAAGAUCCUGCGAGGUUAACAGCGUUGACUGCUGAUUGGUUCGUACAGGCGUAUCAGGAUGCCGGAGAACUGGUGCAGGUCCCUAGGUUUGGUACUUUAGCUUUCACGGCUUGCAGUGCGACGUUGGCGAGUGGGAGCUCCGUUGGGCCUACAGGGGCGGGGACUUUUGAGAUUCAGGGGACGAGUGGGCAGAUUUACUCUGCGACGACUGUCUCGGCUUCGGGGGUGUCGAUCAGGCAGCAAUAG